AUGAAGGGGCUCGCGUGCUUUUUCCUCUGCUUCUUCCUUUCUGAAUCGACAGGCUUUGAAAUCCCCACCAACGGACUUUCAGAAUUUGCAGGCUAUGGAGACCUUGCGGAGUCGGCUCCAGGCAAAUUCCAGUUUGUGCCAGAGCAUCGGAGGUAUCAGAGAAGUAUUUCUGGAGAAUCUGGAGAAAGGAUGGAAGAUGUUGAUCAAGUGACUCUUUAUAGUUAUAAAGUCCAGUCUACUAUUACUUCUCGAGUGGCCAACACUGUUAUCCAGACCAAAGUGGUGAACCACUCUCCACAGCCUCAAAAUGUUGUGUUUGACGUGCAGAUUCCCAAAGGAGCCUUCAUCUCCAACUUCUCCAUGACUGUGGAUGGCACAACUUUUACUAGUUCUAUUAAGGAGAAAACCGUGGGCCGAGCCCUCUACGCACAGGCGAGAGCGAAAGGCAAGACGGCAGGACUGGUGAGGAGCAGAGCUCUGGAUAUGGAGGACUUCAAAACCGAAGUGAGCAUUGCCCCUGGAGCAAAGGUGCAGUUUGAACUUCAUUACCAGGAAGUGAAGUGGAGGAAGCUGGGGUCCUACGAGCACAGAGUCCACCUGAAGCCAGGACGACUGGCCAAGCACCUGGAGGUAGAUGUGUGGAUUAUCGAACCUCAAGGACUAAGAUCUCUUCAUGUUCUGGACACAUUUGAUGGGCAUUUUGAUGGCGUUCCCGUUAUAUCUAAAGGACACCAGAAGGCACAUGUUGCCUUCAAGCCCACGGUCCCACAACAGAGAAAAUGCCUCAACUGCUCAGAGACGACGGUGGACGGUGAGCUGGUGGUGAUGUAUGAUGUGAACAGAGAGGAGAAGGUUGGGGAACUUCAGGUAUUUAAUGGAUAUUUUGUCCACUUCUUUGCUCCCGAGAACAUGGACCCAAUUCCCAAAAACAUCCUGUUUGUCAUCGACGUUAGUGGCUCAAUGUGGGGAAUUAAAAUGAAACAGACGGUGGAGGCAAUGAAGACCAUUUUGGAUGACCUGAGAGCUGAAGACCAUUUCUCCGUGGUUGAUUUCAACCACAAUGUUCGAACCUGGAGAAACGAUUUAGUCUCAGCUACUAAAACACAGGUUGUGGAUGCCAAGAAUUACAUUGAGAAAAUCCAGCCUAGCGGAGGCACAAAUAUCAAUGAAGCCUUGCUGCGAGCCAUCUUUAUUUUGAAUGAAGCCAAUAACUUGGGAAUGUUGGACCCCAACUCUGUCUCGCUGAUCAUCUUGGUGUCUGAUGGGGAUCCAACAGUAGGUGAACUGAAAUUGUCAAAAAUCCAGAAGAAUGUGAGGCAGAACAUACGAGACAACAUCUCCUUAUUCAGUUUGGGGAUAGGAUUUGAUGUGGACUACGACUUUUUGAAGAGACUCUCCAACGACAACCGUGGGAUUGCACAACGGAUUUACGGAAACCAGGACACUUCUGUCCAACUCAAGAAAUUCUACAACCAGGUCUCAACUCCCUUGCUCCGGAAUGUUCAGUUUAACUAUCCCCAAACGUCAGUCACAGACGUCACUCAGAACAGUUUCCAUAACUAUUUUGGAGGCUCAGAGAUUGUGGUGGCUGGAAAAGUGGACCCUGAGAAACUGGGGCAGUUACAGAGCAUUAUCACUGCAACUUCGGCCAACGCAGAGUUAGUCUUGGAAACCCUGGCCGAGAUGGAUGGCUUGGAGGAUUUUCUAUCCAAGGACAAGCAUGCAGACCCUGAUUUCACCAAGAAAUUGUGGGCCUAUUUGACCAUCAACCAACUGCUAGCUGAACGGAGCCUGGCUCCUACAGCUGCCGAGAAAAGGAAAAUUACAAAGACGAUCCUGCAGAUGUCUUUGGAUCACCACAUAGUGACCCCCCUCACGGCAAUGGUGAUUGAGAAUGAGGCCGGGGACGAACGCAUGCUGGCAGACUCCCCUCCGCAGGACCAUUCCUGCUGUUCAGGCGCCCUGUAUCACGGCAGCAAAGUGAGCCCAAGUUCAGUCCCAUCCUGGGUCAACCCUUCGCCAACGCCAGUGCCCCCGCUGCCUGCUGUCGGUGCUCAGGUGCUUGAGUCAACCCCUCCUCCACAUGUGAUGAGAGUUGAAAAUGACCCACACUUCAUCAUCUACCUGCCAAAAAGCCAAAAGAAUAUUUGUUUCAAUAUCGACUCAGAACCUGGAAAAAUCCUCAACCUUGUUUCUGAUCCAGAAUUAGGGAUUUUGGUCAAUGGACAGCUCAUUGGUGCCAAGAAGCCCAAGAAUAAAAAACUCAGCACCUAUUUUGGGAAACUGGGAUUUUAUUUCCAACGUGAAGAUGUGAAGGUAGAAAUCAGCACGGAGACCAUCUCCCUGAGCGGGGGCUCCCGAACAUCUGUCUUAUCCUGGUCUGACACGGUCCACGUGCUUAGUCAGAGGGUGCUCGUCUCUGUGAAGAAAGAGAAAACUGUGACUAUCACCCUGGAUAAAGAGAUGUUCUUCUCUGUUUUACUUCAUCGCGUUUGGAAGAAGCACCCGAUCAACGUUGACUUUUUGGGAAUCUACAUCCCCCCUACAAACAAGUUUUCUCCUAAUGUGCAUGGGCUGAUAGGCCAGUUCAUGAAUGAGCCAAAGAUCCAUGUCUUCAAUGAGCGACCAGGAAAGGACCCUGAGAAGCCAGAAGCAAGCAUGGAGGUGAAGGGACAAAAGCUAGUUGUCACCAGGGGCCUGCAAAAGGAUUACCGGACAGACAGAGUGUUUGGAACGGAUGUUCCCUGUUGGUUUGUGCACAACAGUGGGAAAGGCUUCAUCGACGGGGAUUACAAGGAUUACUUUGUGCCUCAACUCUAUAGCUUCCUCAGACGGCCUUAA